GAGGGGGAGGGGCACGAGGUCAGGCUGUGGCGCGGAGCACGCGCUUAGAGGAAGAGGGGGGGAACCGUUUAUUUCUCUCUGCUAAAGUUCGCAGGCGCAUCUCAGAGACGAGAUGUCCGAACUCCCGGCAGGGUAACCGAAGGCGCUUUCGGCACUUACAAAUUUUAAGUGGGCGGAGCUGAAAAUCCAGCCUGCCUUUCAGGAGCAAGCUGCCUUAGGAACGAGAGCCGCGAUAACAGCAGACAUGACGCAGUCAGUGGUCGUACAGGUGGGUCAGUGCGGGAACCAGAUAGGCUGCCGCUUCUGGGAUCUGGCACUGCGGGAGCACGCCGCCAUCAACAAGAAAGGAAUGUAUGAUGAAGCAUUAAGCAGUUUCUUUAGAAAUGUGAACACUAGAACAGAUGGUGAUAGUGCUGACAUUUGCGGAGGAAAAAUAUAUUCCUUAAAAGCACGCGCUCUGCUGAUUGACAUGGAAGAAGGUGUAGUGAAUGAAAUUCUGCAAGGGCCAUUGAAAGAUGUUUUUGAUAGCAAGCAGCUGAUCACAGAUGUUUCUGGCUCAGGGAACAACUGGGCUGUGGGUCACAAAGUGUAUGGGUGUCAAUACCGAGAAGAUAUUGUUGAAAAAUUGAGAAAGACUGCAGAGCAUUGCGACUGUCUGCAGUGUUUUUUUGUCAUUCAUUCCAUGGGAGGGGGGACAGGAUCUGGUCUCGGUACAUUUGUACUGAAAGUGCUUGAGGAUGAAUUUCCAGAAGUAUAUAGAUUUGUUACUUCAGUUUAUCCUUCUCGUGAGGAUGAUGUCAUUACAUCUCCUUAUAACAGUGUAUUGGCUAUGAAGGAACUCAGUGACCAUGCAGACUGUGUCUUGCCAAUUGAAAAUGAAUCUUUAUUUGACAUCGUUAGCAAAAUUAAUCAGAUGACCAACUGUGGAAAGUUAGGAUCAACCAUAAAGCCAACCAGCAUGGUAACGUCAAGCGCAGGUGGAAUAAUACAAUCCCGGGAGAAACCCUUUGAUGCUAUGAACAAUAUUGUGGCUAACUUACUGUUGAACUUGACAAGCUCUGCUAGGUUUGAAGGAUCUCUUAAUAUGGAUCUUAAUGAAAUCAGCAUGAAUUUGGUCCCCUUUCCUCGAAUUCAUUAUCUCGUUUCCAGCUUGACUCCCCUGUAUACACUGGCUGAUGUUAAUGUGCCUUCUCGAAGGUUGGACCAAAUGUUUUCAGAUGCUUUUAGCAAAGAUCACCAACUGUUACGAGCUGACCCAAAGCACAGUUUGUAUCUUGCCUGUGCCCUGUUAGUCAGAGGAAAUGUGCAGAUUUCAGACCUUCGUAGAAACAUUGAAAGGUUGAAACCUUCACUUCAGUUUGUCUCCUGGAAUCAAGAAGGAUGGAAAACUGGCUUAUGUUCAGUACCACCUGUGGGUCAUUCCCAUUCAUUAUUGGCACUGGCAAAUAAUACUUGUGUGAAACCUACUUUCAUAGAGCUCAAGGAGAGGUUCACAAGGCUGUACAAAAAAAAGGCUCACCUUCAUCAUUACCUGCACACUGAUGGAAUGGAACAGAGCUGUUUCUCUGAAGCCCUUUCAUCUUUGUCAGACUUAAUAGAAGACUAUAAUCAGCUAGAUGCUGCUAACAGCAGACCUGCAAUAGGCCCACCAAGACUGAAGAUAGCAAUGUAACAAUCAUUACACUGAUGGUGUUGGUAGGAAGAAUUUUAAAAGUUAAGACAUCAGUACAUACAAUCCAGUCCAAGUUAAGCACUAUUAAGUCCACUGAUUUUAGUGGGGAAAACUUAUGAAAAUACUUUUUCUGGGAAAUGCUCUUUAACAGAUAGUCUUUUGUAACAACAGAACUAAAUGUCAUUGUCAAAGUACAGUUUGACUGACAGUUUCACAUAUUUAUCAUAUUGCACAGAUGUGAGAUUACGUAUGACAUGAAAGUAGAAGGGUAUUAUAGUACCUUCUUACAGUCUACCUCUAUUCAUAUAUACUUGAUGUAAUUUUAACUUAAGCACUAUGUUUGAAGAUACUUUUUAUGUAGAUUAUAAAAGAAAACACAUUUUGUAUAAUUUGACCAUAUUUGUAU